GAUUCGGCCCCUACUGCGGAACCCGCGGGGCGCCGAGAUGCUCGGUGGCCGCCGCCCGUGCCACCGCGGCGCUGGCUUCGGUGCGGCGCGACGCUUGGGGCCCCCGCCCGCUGCGCGAGGAGCUUGGGAGGUGGCGGGGCCGCCUCCAGCAGUGGGCUCAGCAACCCCAGCCGGCAAAGCUUGCCCCGUGGCCGCGCUGGUGCCCGCUCGGCCUCGCAGACGCGGCGCUCCAGCUCCGCCGCGCCGCCGGCGCGCGGCCAUGGACACAGCCGCGCCUUCGCGCCGCCCGCCUCGGCCGAGCGCUCUACGCGGCGGCCUGGGCGGCCGCCCACGCUCGGCGCCUCGGGGACUGGCUUCUGGAGCGCUCCACAACGCGACGGUGGGCGCGCAGCCUCGGUGACGAGUGGGUGCUCCUCGGAGUGGCCCGGAGCUACACGGCGGCCUUCCACGUCUUGCGUUUCUUGGCAAACGGCCUGCCCGGUGCGGCUCGGUGGCGGCCUUCGGACGAGCGCCCGCCCCGGCUGCGCUGCGUGUGCGCCCGACCGGCCUGCCACGCUUGGAGGGCCGCUCACAGCGAGCAGCCUGCGCUGGAGUGUUGUGCGGCAUGCUUCGGGCCGUGGGCCGACGGGCGCGCGUGGGCCGCCCGCCCGCUGCAACUGCUGCCGGAGGCUGAAGCAGAGCACCUCUGGAAUUGGUGCCCAGCCGUUGCGCUCGCGUGGCGCCGGUUGUUACCUGCCGCCUGUGCUCCCGCCUUCGGCGAGGCGCUGCGCGCGCCCGGCGACCUGGCCCAGCCAGUGGCCGCCUUCACUCUCCAGCUGGUCUUCCACUACAUGUCGCUGCUGGGCAGGGCCACUCUCCAGAAGUCGGACGCGGCGCGGCGGCUGGUCCGGGCCUUCGCGGCCACCAGCGCGCGCGGCAACGCGGACGACAGCGACGACGACGACCUCGAUGACCCCGACGCGGACGACGGCGCAGCGGCCACUCACGCGGAGCUGGACCCAGCUCGGCAGCCAGCCGGCCUUUGCCCAGACGCCUGGGGCCCGUCCGAUCCGUCCUGUCCGCCGGACUGCGCGGCGAUUGCGGCCCCCGCCCUCGGGAUGCGUUCUUCGGCGGUCCCUGCCGCGCGGGCGCGCGAGGAACGUGGAGGCGGCGCCAUGGUUCGACGUGCGGUGGCCCGGCGCCCUGCCGCGCCCGGCGACCGCCUCGGAUGCCUCACGGCCGACAGCAGCCCUGCAGCUUGGCUGAAUUCCUGCAUGCGCCGGCUGGUGGCCCGGGCCUCGUCGUGUCCCUCCGGCGUUGGCCACCGCGGAGUGGACGGUCCAGCGCUGCCCUCACUGCCGCUGCUCCCGGGCCGUCGGAUGUCGCCACGGCCUCGGCCUGCUGCGGGGGGCAUGCCCUUCCGCCGCGCCCGCGUGGCCGGCGACAACACGGCGGCGAUCCGCCACGGCGCCGGCACUGGCCGGUUCCGGCGGCUGGAGCUUCAGACUGAGAUCGAGGAGGGUUUGACGCCUCUGGCGGCCGAGGGCUGGUUCCUCGAGUUCCAGGCCGUCCGCCGCAGACUUGACAGCGGCGCCGACGCCCUCGCCUCGGAAGGCGUCGAGUGGGCCGCGGGUCUCCGCGCGCGCGGUGACUUGCGGGUGCAGUCGCGCACCAGGUGGCUGUAG